UAAGUAUGGAGUCUGGAAUUGAUCCAGGGCAGGAAUACUAUGGGCAAGAUUACUACAGUUAUGAGCAUGGGUACGAGCUGCCGCAGUACGGGAGCCGCCGCCGGCUGCUGUCCCCGGCGGGGAUGUACGACGAGUACGGGGAGGUGGUGGUGGAGAGCGACGGUGGCUACUACUACAGUCCCCAUGGACCCACAGCUGAAGAGGGGAUGAGUCAAGUCAGAGGUGCUCCGAGCAGAGGGAUAAGCCAGGCAGCAGGGGCUCAAAGAGGAGCUAGACCUUUAGGUGGUGGGAUGGACCCAAGGCGUGGUCCUGGACCGUACAGGACCAGCCAGGGCAAAAGGAGACUGAAAGCAGUGAUGCAUGUGAGUCGUGUAGCAGUCAGUGCUCACAAACCAGUGGGAAGAGCCGAGUCCGCUCGUUCCCGAUGGAAGAAAGCAAAGAUAUUCCCGAUGAUCCUGCAGAAAGUGAAGGGCAGUAGGAAAGAUUCCAGCUAUGCCAAGCUGAUGUCGGCUCGCCAAGCAGACGGAGACAAAAGCAUGAUCAUCAGGGGAAGCUACUUCCAGAAAUCCACAGAUGACAGACCUUCCAUGAGGAAACUGAAUCAUGUGUUAAAGCGCAUCAGCGUCUCCAGGAAACUUCAGGAGCCUCUUGGCAAGGAUUUGGCACGGGGAGAGGAGGAGUCUGAAAGAGAGGAAGCAAAAUCGGGAGUUUCAAUAAGUAUCACAGCAGAGAGUGAGCAGGAGGACAGUGACUAUGAGAAGAAGAAGAAGAAGAGAAGGAGACACACCUCAGAUGAGUCAUCCGAGAAGAGCAGCAGCUCCGGCUCGGAGUCGGAAGACAAAGACUACUUGAAAAUAACUCUGGACCAAGAUGAAGCCACAGAAAGCACUGUGGACUCGGAUGAAGAAACUGAGCAGGAUUUGGGGGAUUCUGAGGACGACUCCGAGUCCAGCUCCAGCGGUGAAUCGGAGGAGGACUCAUCUGAAGAGGAUGAUGACGAGGAAGACUCGGACAGCGAUGAGGAUGGUAGCCUGUCAAAGAGCUCAUCCACACGAAGUUCCUACAGCAGAUCAGGGACCAGCGAGUCCAGCAGCAUCAGAAGCACUGAAAAGUCCAGUAUAAAAAGCAGGGGAGGGAGCUCUCAUGGCAGAGCAAGACGCUCCAACCAGAAAUCUAGCAGCUCUACUGCAUCAGGCAGUGACAGGGACACGAGCUACAGGAAAACUUCAGGAUCCAGCUACAAGAGCAAAACCUCCUCCGCCAGCGUCGGGAUAGAAGACACCAUAGAAGAGGUGUCAGAAGAAGAGGAAGAAGCAGAUGAGACAGCAGAUAGUUCAAGCAAGGCAGCUUCUAAAACAUCUGCAAAACCUGGAGAGGGCAAGAAAGGGAAAUCAGCUGUCAGUGGUGAGGAGAGCGAGGAGGAGAGCGCAGAAGAGGCUGACACAGAUGGUAGUGACAGGGAGGAAACUCUCAGUAAGAAUGAAUCUUCUGGCCUAGAAAGUGAAAUCAGUGGGACUUCCAAAGGUCCCAACGUGAAAAAGGGAAAAAAGGUGUCCCAGGAACAGAGUCAGUCUCAGUCAGUGGGCCAAAAAGAAAAGGAUCAAGUUGAUAGUGGACCCGGAGUACGAGACCAGCUCCACGGGAGAGGACAGCGCUCCCGACUCGGGCCAGAGGAGCCGGCUCAGCAACCCCAGCGUGCAACCCAACGUCAACGGGAACAUCUACAUCGCCCAGAACGGCUCCGUGGUCAGGACCCGGCGUGUCUGCCUCGGCAAUAAUUUAAAAGCCACGUCUCCGGUGAGGCUGGGGAAACAGUUCAAGAAACUGGACAAGCUGGCGGUGACGCACGAGGAGAGCGUCCCACUGAACACGUUGUCAAAGGGACCUGCUCCCAGUGACAAAAUGAACACAAGACCUUGCAGUGUCUCCUUUGCUGCCUCUACUAUAGGGGCCGAAAAUAUAGUAACAAAGCCCGGGGGGUCCAAAAUUAAAAGCACAGAAGAGCAGGAAUCAGUUAUUGACCACGAGGAUGUCAAAGAGCCCUUGGAGUCGCACAGUGAACACACACAGUCAGACGAGGAGGAGCUCUGGAUGGGCCCUUGGAACAACCUUCACAUACCAAUGACGAAACUGUGAUUUUAGUUCCUUUUUUUAUUUUCAUUUUUACUUCGGUUUAUAAUAAACUGCGCUUUUUAUUGUUACCCAGG